AGGAGCGCGCGAGGCAGCAGCCCAGCGGACUCCCCUCCUACUGAAGCAAGUGCGCGACAAGCGGCCACACCACGUGAACGGCACGAGCGGGACGCACCGCCCGGAGACUUGGUGAUUCUUUAUAACAUUGUGUGUUUUCUUUUUUUUCUACCCGGGGAUGGACCUCACAGCCAAAAUGGAAAUUAACGUCAGCCAGCAGCAGCUGAUGCCGCCCGCGUGUUUCUUUUCUGCCGCGACGGCGGCGCAGAGCAUCCACUUGAGCCCCAGCGGCAGCAGCCAGAGCAGCGGGAAGUCGGCAACCAAGCAACCCAAGAGGCAGCGCUCCUCCUCCCCAGAACUGCUGCGGUGCAAGCGGAGGCUGAAUUUCGCGGGUUUCGGCUACACUCUGCCGCAGCAGCAGCCGCACGCAGUGGCCCGGAGGAACGAGAGGGAGCGCAACCGCGUCAAACUGGUCAACAACGGCUUUGCCACGUUGCGGGAACACGUCCCUAACGGCGCCGCCAACAAGAAGAUGAGCAAAGUGGAGACGCUGCGCUCUGCCGUGGAGUACAUCCGCGCUCUCCAGCAGCUGCUGGACGAACACGACGCGGUAAGCGCGGCGUUUCAGUCCGGCGUCCUGUCGCCCAGCAUGUCGCAGGGAUACUCGGCAGACAUGAACUCCAUGGCAGGUUCACCUGUGUCCUCCUAUUCAUCCGACGAGGGUUCCUACGACCCUCUCAGUCCAGAAGAACAGGAACUGCUGGACUUCACCAACUGGUUCUGAGCAUCUGUACAAGAAAUAUGGAUCAGCUCACUUUAUUAUUGUCCUGCGCUUGGGAUGGUCCCAGAGGAGGAGGCUGGGUGUCCUCAAGAACAAGAUGCACUGUACACGCGUUUUGGUCCUCCCUGUCCACCUGACAGACACAACAAGGUCCUGAAACCUUAUGGAACAUCAGAGAUCAGCGCCAAAGGAUUAAAGGAAGACGGGUCUCCUGGCGGCGUGGGAAUCCAAGCUUUCUGUGCAUUUGCCCAUGAUAAACAACAACAACAACAACAAAAAAAAAAAAAAAAACCUAAAGUGAAUUGACGCUCUUAGGCAGCACAUUAAAAACUUAAUACGUCGUUCUUCUACUAUGCCAAUCCAAUCACACAGCAGCAGCACCAACCCUUUCUCUCAGACGCUGAAUUCAAAUGCUUCCAAGUCGCGGAUUUAUUCUAUAAAAUUCUAUAUCAAACGCUUUUUUAAAAUAUAUUAAGAUAUUUUUGUAUGUAAGAGAUUUAUAGAUGUUUUGUACACAUCCUUUUGUAUAUAUUUUGUCUAUAUAUUGCGAAGUCGCUUCUAUACCUCCUGCCUACGUAGACGUGUAGUCUAUUAUUCUCUGGCUCUUGUGCUCACGAGGUUUCCAGAGGGAGUUUCAUACUCGGAUGUUUUAUCCUAUAGCACCGAUGUGUCUUAUUUAAUAGCAAAACCAUGUUAUUGCAUUAUGUCAUGUCACAAUGAUCAAAAUACUUAUGCAGCUAUUGUCCAAACAGAGUGCAAUAGCCAUGCAUUGUCUCUUUAUACUGCCAGCGCUAUAUCCUCUUCACAUAAGCAGAAAAUGAGAAGUCUUAUAACCAUAUUUUCUACACUCUAGUCUAAAAAUAAAAUGA